AGGAGUGGAUCGUUGACUAAGUGUCUCCAUCACCGUUGGCUUGGGGAUCCCGAAAACACGAUAUCUCGGAUAGCAGCAUCUAUACGCCUAAAGUACCCUCCUACGCAUUCUCUCCGACAUAAAGGAGACACAUACAUGCCCGCCCUACCCGGAUCGAAUGGACCCAGCGCCCACGCUCACCGACUCCUAACACGCCAGGAGUCCGAAUCAGUACCUGUACCCAGCGGUAACCAGCAAGUCGUCUUCACGCCGGCAAUAAUAGGCGUAAUUGUCACCGUGUUCACGCUUAUCCUUUUCGGCCCUCUCGUGUGCAUACGCAUCCGCCGUCGCCGACUUGCGCGACGUACACCAGCUGCAGCGCCUAGAAUCAUCCAGCAGUUACGGACGCUAGACCGCGAGUCAGCGCGGACGACACUCGAGGGCGUUGCCAAAGUCUUGAGCGUGGAGGAAUUGAAGGCGUUGAAGGAUGGUAAGGGGACUGAGUCUGACUCUGAGUCUGCUUCCGUGCUGGAGAGAGAGUGCGCAAUAUGUCUCGCCUCUCUCUUCUCGCUCACGCCCCCUCCCCGCACCCUGACACGACAAAUCACACAAACCUUCUCAUUCUCGGCGCCAGCGAGAACGGCGACGAUGAGCGAGCCGAGCCCGAUUCUCAGGCUACAGACAUGUCGGCAUGAGUUCCACGAGGAGUGUCUGCUGAGCUGGUUUUUGAUGAGGAAGUAUAGUUGUCCCGUUUGUAGGGCCGUGUAUUAUGUGGAUCCCGUGGAGAAGCGGCGAGCAAGUGCGAGCUUGAGUCCGAGUGAAAGAGUUAGUGACAGGAGUUCCAGUGCGGAUUGGGAGGGAAACAAUGGGGAGUCGGAGCAGCAGCGGCCGAGGGCGGACGAGGAGGCACGUAGAGAAGGGGUAAGGGGGGAGGUGUGAGUGUCAUGGCUCGUUUUCUCCCUUCUUUGUGAUGUGAUACCCAACGAGAAGAAUUGCGCAGUUCAGUUAUUUGUAUGAGAAAUGGAUGUACGAUAGAACAGAGUAGGAAAUGGUAUAGAGAAGUCA